GGUCUUUUGUGGUAGCUAUCGUCAUCACACGCAGGUCGUUGCUCACUAUCGUGAUCCGUAUAUUGACCGUGCACUUGUGUAAAACAGAGAUAUUUCAAGAGUAUGAUGGUACCUUCAAGUUAUGACGAGUAUGUCGUCAUGGUCAACGAUCUUGGCGACUCUAUUCUGAGCUGGGCCGACCCUGAUCACUAUCGUGGACAUACCGAGGGAUGGGAGUUCACUGACUUUUCUACUGCUUUUAGCAUUGCCGUGGCGUACCUCCUCUUUGUCUUUGUUGGAUCUCUCAUUAUGAGUAUGGGAGUCCCCGCAAUUGACCCUUAUCCGCUCAAGUUUGUCUACAAUGUUUCACAGAUUAUGCUUUGUGCUUACAUGACCAUUGAAGCCAGUCUUCUAGCUUAUCGUAACGGCUACACAUUCUGGCCUUGCAACGACUGGGACUUUGAAAAGCCGCCUCUCGCUAAGCUCCUCUGGCUCUUUUACGUUUCCAAAAUUUGGGAUUUUUGGGACACCAUCUUUAUUGUUCUCGGGAAGAAGUGGCGUCAACUUUCCUUCCUGCACGUCUACCAUCACACAACCAUCUUUCUCUUCUACUGGUUGAAUGCACAUGUAAACUUUGAUGGUGAUAUUUUCCUCACCAUCGUCUUGAACGGUUUCAUCCACACCGUCAUGUACACGUACUACUUCAUUUGCAUGCACACCAAGGUCCCAGAGACCGGCAAAUCCUUGCCCAUUUGGUGGAAAUCUAGUUUGACCAGCAUGCAGCUGGUGCAGUUCAUCACGAUGAUGACGCAGGCUAUCAUGAUCUUGUACAAGGGCUGUGCUGCUCCCCAUAGCCGGGUGGUGACAUCGUACUUGGUUUACAUUUUGUCGCUCUUUAUUUUGUUCGCCCAGUUCUUUGUCAGCUCAUACCUCAAGCCGAAGAAGAAGAAGACAGCUUAAGCGAAAUUUGGGUCUACGUAAAAAUAAGUACGUUAC